AUGGCCUAUGUAAAUGGACAGAUGUUCACCACGAAAGAUCGCGAUAAUGAUGAGGUUUCUACCAGAAACUGCGCUGUGUACCGUCAUGGGGCAUGGUGGUACCGCGCGUGCUCCUACUCCAAUCUUAACGGCAAAUACAUGAUAGACAGCGGAGACUCCAAGUCCGCCAUGUGUUGGAGGUAUUUCUUCUCACCGCGAUCACACGUCCCGAUGAAGAAAGCUCGUAUGAUGAUAAAGAGAUAUUAGAUAGAGACCAAAUCAUAUAUAACUGAAAGGAAUACAUAAGGUCAAGAGUCAAAACAGAAAAAGCAACGGUGUUUGGUAUAAUCUAAUUUGUGUUAAUGUUAAGGCUGUAUGCUGUUUUAUAGAUAUUGU